AUGAGUGUUCUUGAGUAUGGGUUGAAGUUUACCCAACUUUCCCGCUAUGCUCUGGAUAUGGUAAAGGAUAUAAGGGGAAGAAUGAGCUUGUUUGUUGCCGGUUUGGUUCGUGCUUCAAGUAAAGAAGGUAGGGCUGCGAAAUUGAUUGGCGACAUGGACAUAUCCAGGCUAAUGGUCUAUGUGCAGCAAGUUGAAGAGGAAAAGCUUAGGGAUAGAGAGGAGUAUAGAAACAAGAAGUGUCUGGACAACAGAAAAGUGGUUCAAAUUGGCCACAAUUUCAGAAGUCAAAGGGGUAUGCACCAUCAUCUGCUAGUGUACCUACGCCCAGAAACAGAGGUGAUUACAAUGAACCAAAUUCACAGAUGUCGUGAUGGCCGGGAAGGUUGCUUCAAGUGUGGUCAAGUGGGUCAUUUUAUGAGGGAAUGGCAUGAGAAUAGCCAAGGUGGUGAAAAUUUAGGCAAUAGAGCUUAA